AAUAAAUUAUCAAAAAUUAAAAAAUAAAAGUUUCUCAAAUCAUAUCUUUAAAUAAAAACUAAAUAAAAAACCAUUAUUACUAAAGCUAUCUUAUUUGUGGUACAAAUCCGUAAAUUCUAAUUUUCUCCAAAAAAAAGUCCCCAAAAAAGUAAAGAUGGGUAAACGACAGCAUCAAAAGGACAAAAUGUAUCUGACCUACACUGAAUGGUCAGAAUUGUAUGGCGGAAAGAAAACCGAAUCCGCCGAAAAUGAACACAUCAAAUUCAAGCGUCUUCCCUUCGACCACUGCUGCAUAACAAUGAUACCCUUUGAAAUUCCUUAUAGCGACAAAGAUGGCAAUGUCUUUGAACUCCAAGCAAUCAUUGAUUUCCUUAAGAUGUUUAAGAUUAAUCCAAUCACUGGCAAACCCCAAGAUGCCAAAGCCUUGGUUCCAUUGAAAUUUCACAAGAAUUCCGAUGGCGACUAUCAUUGUCCGGCUUUGUUCAAACCAUUUACAAAGAAUUCCCAUAUUGUAGCCGUCGCUGUCACAGGCAAUGUCUUCUCCUGGGAAGCAAUUGAACAAUUAAAUAUCAAAACAAAGAACUGGAAGGAUCUAGUCGAUGAUACUCCCUUUUUGCGAAAAGACUUAAUAACCAUUCAAGAUCCGCAGCACUUGGAAAAGUUUGAUAUUUCGAAAUUUCAUCAUAUAAAGAAGAAUCUACGGGUUUUAACUGAAGAUGAAAUUUCAGACAAACUCAUGGGUUCCAAAGGUCGUAUCAAGUCGAUGAAUUUGGAAACUAAAGAAACAUUGGCUCAGUUGGAAAAAGACUAUCAGCCAGCUGCUGAGACUGCAGUUGCAGAAAAGAAACUUGUUGAUAAAUUCAAUGCAGCUCAUUUUUCUACGGGAGCUGUGGCUGCUAGUUUUACAUCGACAGCCAUGGUUCCAGUGUCUAAUCAUGAAGCAGCACGAAUUGAUGAUGAUACUGUCAAGUAUGAACGAGUUAAGAAGAAGGGUUAUGUUAGGAUAACUACGAAUUUUGGACCUCUGAAUUUUGAGAUUCAUUGUGAUACGGUUCCGAAGGCGAGCGAAAAUUUUAUUAAACAUUGUUCGAAUGGAUAUUAUGAUGACACUAUUUUACAUCGAUCUAUAAGGAAUUUUAUGAUCCAAGGUGGAGACCCAACUGGAACUGGAACAGGUGGAACUUCCAUAUGGAACAAAAAAUUUGAAGACGAAUUCCGCCCAAAUCUAUCCCAUACAGGACGUGGCAUUCUCUCAAUGGCGAAUUCAGGACCCAAUACUAACUCUUCUCAAUUUUUCAUAACGUACCGAUCCUGCCGUCAUUUAGAUGGAAAACAUACAAUUUUUGGCAAACUUGUCGGUGGCAUGGAGACACUAAAUGAAAUGGAAAAAAUCGAAGUCGACAACAAAGAUCGUCCAAUAACGGAUAUUGUAGUUCAAAAAGUUCAAGUAUUUGUUGAUCCAUUUCAAGAAGCUGAAGAGGAAUUAGCUCGUGAACGAGCCGAAGAAGCAGCGAAAGAAGUGAAAAUAGUAACUGAAGUUGCAAAACAAAAACGAAUGAAUGAGAAGCUCAAAGUGUACAGAGAAGGUGUGGGAAAAUAUUUGGAUUUAAAUAGCCUUAAAGAGAAAAUGAAAGCUUCAACUAGUUCAACAUCGACUUUAGUCACUCUAGGUGCUCCACCGAAGAAACGAAAAGAAAGCAACUCUCAGUUUGGAGAUUUCAAAUCCUGGUAGUUAAUUUUUUGUUUCAAAUAAAAUAAAUGUUAAAUCAAGAA